UCCUUCCUUUACUUUUAUUUCUCUCCGCCUAGGACCUGUUACGCAAUAUCAUCUUGUCAACACCAACGGCUUGCUCUGAAUGAACAGUUAUGAAUCUGGCAUCACGCUGGCUCACUGUCUGAUCAACACGCUGCAUAUUUCUUGUUCUUGCUCAGUAUUCCCCUGAACCCAGACCAGUGGCCUGCUGGAGUACCACAAGGAGAAAAUCUAGCCCAGAAUGGAGGCGGCAGAGGAAGUUGAGGGCGGGCUGGACGAGCGUCUUAGGAAUUUGAUUCUGAGCAACGCCUCCGGUAGAGGAGUCGACAGCGUGGACAACGAUCAAUCGCACACAGGGCCCCCUGGAACAGGUUCUGAUCGGCCUUUAACAGUCCCGGAAGUUGAGGACAAAUCGGGGCCAGCAGCCCCCAAAGGCGCCAGGAAGCGCCCCAACCAGGCGCAACGGCGGCAAAUGUCUGCCCAACUUUCCUUGCCGAUCGAUUCGCGCUCUCCUCGACCACUUCAUUCAGCACGAUCCUAUGCAAGCACCCCAGGAUAUCCGGGCCAACAGUAUACCUCAGGCGGCCAUCACGGCACCCAACGUCCGCACUCGGCAACGUUUGGACCUUCAAACCCACCAUUCACGGGCAUGCCGUUUUCGUCUCAGGCUCGGCAUUACCAAUCUCUAUCGUACAACGGGCCGAUAGGUUCUUUAGGGGACUGGAGGCAACCUCAGCCCCAAGGAAUAACGGGUCCUUCCCAUGGGCCCCUUUACGAGCCAAUGACUCCGCGGAGUGGAAACCCUGCCUCUCAUAACCCUGGUCGACAGUAUCAUGUUCGCCCUGAGGACCUGGAAGUUCAGACUUCUUUGCUCGAAAAUCUGUGCAAUACCAUUAUCGCGGGUGCCGAAAUCGAAGCAGCCGAAAUCGCCGAGAAAGAGGUCUUCCGAUCCCGGAUCGAACAAGUCUGCCGUGAGGUGAUAUCGCAGUAUGAAAGGGAACAGAACGGACGAUCUGACUUCCCCGCAGAGAGUGUGCAGUUGAGGUGCUUUGGCAGCCUUUCGUCUGGAUUUGCUACGAAAGCUGCCGAUCUGGACCUCGGCCUCUUGUCACCGCUCUCCCCCUUACAGCCCGAUGCACCAGGUUCUCCAAUCCCCAGGAUGAUGGAGAAGGCCCUUUUGGAUCUGGGAUUGGGCGCUCGCCUCCUUACCCGAACCCGGGUACCGAUCAUCAAACUCUGCGAAAAGCCGCCUGAAAAGCUAAUGCACGACCUCCUUGAAGAGCGGCUGAAGUGGGAGAAAGAUCUUCCAGAUGACCCUGAUGGGGACGAGGAGCCUCACGACGAACCAGCCCUAAGCCCGGUAGAGGCAGGGGCUUUGACCGACAGCAAGCGGCAGGGCCAUAUCUCGAAAGAGUCCGACGUUUGCCAGGGGAGCAGUAGCACCUACGAGCAAAAGCUUGCGACGCUCAGGCAGUCCAAGAACCAGCGCCUACCCGCCUAUUUCGGCCUUGCCAAGGGCAUGCUGCGCAAACUCGGGGGUCGAGAUCUCACACACUCGAACAUGGCGGAUUUCACGCCAAAGGACUACAAGCUCCUGAACGAUGUCUCGCUUGCUCUUGUCGAUGGCCUUGCUGAUGAGGAACUGAAGAAGCGAUUGACAGCCUAUCGAUCCCUGUCCACGUACAGUCUCAGGUCUCAGUCCCAGCAUCGCUCACUCCUCGGAGUGUGUACACAGGUCGAGGCCGAGAAAAUGGCCAUGAUGUGGUUCUCUAGGUUGCUCCCUGAGAAGGACGAGUACCUGGAGCAACAAGCGCAGAGGUGGGUGCAAUUCUGGCUAGAUCUCCAGAACAAGCCCACAUUUGGUGCCGACCCCUUGGGAUACAACAAGGAACUACACUUGGCCGCCGAACAGUUGAAGAAGAUUGCCUCGAUUCAGAUUCUGCUUCUUCAACAAGGCCAACACGAGUCGGCUACCCUCUACCACUCUAGAGCGUCGGGGCUCAUGCUUGAACUGGGAGGGCAUGACAGGCCAAACCACACCGACGAGGUGCGGACUAUUGUCAUCCAGCAGUAUAUCUCAGGCAUAUACAGUACCGAGAUUCGCGAAAAAAUUGAAGCAUUUGCGAAGUCGGAGGGAGCCGAUACGCUCAGGAUCAUCGCGAGACGGCAUAAGAGUCUACAACUAGCCCAUGAGUUCGAGAGGGCAGUCGAGAAGGGUCUAUAUGACGAGUCAAGCAAGGCGGACAUUGAGGCCUACACGGCCAUCCUACAGGGCCCAAUGCAAAGGCCUCCCACGUCUGACAUGCAGCUUGACUUGGUUGUCCCUGCGACCCCUGAAACGGCACCGCUCAUCGGCAGGAUACGCCGGCUAACCGACCCUUCAACCUUGGCGCCGAAUCAGCCUCGAGACCCUUACAGAGACCCCCUCAAUAUCCCAAAGACUGGCGCCGGGGUACAGUGUGAUAUCAAUUUCUCGGCACACCUCGCGUUGCAGAAUACCCUUUUACUGCGGUGUUAUGCCCACAGCGACCCCCGUGUCAGGCCCCUUGUUCUCUUUGUCAAACACUGGGCGAAGCUCCGCGGGAUCAACUCGCCGUAUCGAGGCACCCUGAGCAGCUAUGGAUUCGCCCUUAUGGUGUUGCAUUACCUGGUCAAUGUCGCGCAGCCUUUCGUCUGCCCAAAUCUACAGCUGCUUGCCCGUCCUCCAGGCCCGCUCCUCACUUCCCAACAAGUCGAGGAGACUGUCACGUGCAGGGGGAGGAACGUCCAAUUUUGGCGGGACGAGGCAGAGAUACAACGACUUGCUCGCGAUAACAUGCUUACUCAGAAUCGCGAUUCGAUUGGUCACCUACUCCGCGGGUUCUUUGAGUAUUAUGCGCAGAGCAACGCCAUGAGUACCGUGCAUUGCCGCGGUUUUGAUUGGGGCCGUGACGUCCUUAGCUUGCGCACUCCCGGUGGCCUCCUUACCAAGAAUGCGAAGGGCUGGACUGGCGCGAAGACUGUCGUCGAGGUCGGCACCAUUGCUGCACCUCCUGGUUCGGCUACCUCGCCUUCCGAACCGACCCACAAGCCAGCCGCAGACGCCACGGACUCGUCCACCCAGGUGCCAUCUCCGGCAAUGCAUGGCCAGACCACUCGUGAGUUUAAGGAGGUUCGUCAUCGAUUCUUGUUCGCCAUCGAAGACCCCUUCGAGCAUGAGCACAACGUCGCUCGUACUGUCACCCACAACGGCAUUGUGGCGAUUCGCGACGAGUUCCGACGCGCAUGGCGCAUCAUCAAGACGGCCACCAAGAGGGGAGGGUUUCAAGAGGAGCUACUGCAGGAUAUCGCAGCUACUGAGCAGGACAGGGAGAGGGAUCAGUUUUCUGACCUCCUCCAAGACUUACACGGCCGUUCAGUGUUUGGUUAACCUUGAUCAAGAAGGGCGCUAGCGGGGAGGAAUGUUAGGGGUCAUCCGAUGGUGGACUACCUAAACGUCCUGGAUGCAAGCAAUACCGUCACUGGCCAACGGUCAAGGUGUGGCUGGCCCAGGCUGC